GCGCCGCCGUUCGCUCCCCGCCCGGCCGUAGCGCCGAGGCAGCGGCCGCAGGGGGCGGGAUGCAGCGCGGGGAGGCGCCGCCUUCCCGCCCGCCCGGCACUGCGGGGCUGGAGGCUGAGGAGCCGGAGCGGAGGCGCCGCUCCUCCGACGCGCGGGAGGAGAAAAAGUCAUCAUAAGUUUGGUGUCUUAGAAUUAUGGAAUCAAUCUCUAUGAUGGGAAGCCCUAAGAACCUCAAUGAAACUUUUCUACCGAACGUGGCCAAUGGCAUCAAGGAUGCCAGUAAGAUCACAGUAGGCAUCAUUGGAAGUGGAGACUUCGCAAAAUCAUUGACCAUUCGGCUGAUCAGAUGUGGGUACCAUGUUGUUGUAGGAAGCAGAAACCCUAAACUUGCUGCAGAGUUCUUUCCCCACGUGGUUGAUGUCACUCACCAUGAAGAUGCAGUAACAAAAACAAACCUCAUUUUUGUAGCUAUUCAUAGAGAACACUACACGUCUUUGUGGGACCUCAAGCAUUUACUCGUUGGUAAAAUUCUGGUUGAUGUCAGCAACAACACAAGAGUAGACCAAUAUCCAGACUCCAAUGCAGAGUAUUUGGCAUCGCUUUUCCCAGAUUCUGUAGUUGUCAAAGGAUUCAAUGUUGUUUCAGCUUGGUCACUCCAGUUAGGACCAAAGGAUGCCAGCAGACAGGUCUAUAUAUGCAGUAACAAUGUUCAGGCUCGCCAUCAAGUUACUGAGCUCGCUCGUCAGCUCGGUUUUAUUCCUAUUGAUCUGGGGGCAUUGUCAUCUUCAAGAGAGAUUGAAAACUUACCUCUGCGACUCUUCACACUGUGGAAGGGGCCUGUAGUGAUUGCCAUUAGUCUGGCAACAUUUUUCUUCAUUUAUUCCUUCAUCAGAGACGUAAUCCAUCCGUAUGUGAGAAAUCAACAGAGUGACUUUUACAAGAUCCCCAUUGAGAUUGUCAAUAAGACUCUACCAGUUGUUGCCAUCACGUUGCUCUCUCUAGUGUAUUUGUCAGGACUUAUUGCAGCCUCUUACCAGCUUUACUACGGCACUAAGUAUAGGCGAUUUCCACCUUGGCUGGACAACUGGCUGCAGUGUCGAAAGCAGCUUGGACUGCUCAGCUUUUUCUUUGCAGUGGUGCACGUGGCAUACAGCCUUUGCUUACCUAUGAGGAGAUCAGAGCGAUACUUGUUCCUCAAUAUGGCGUAUCAACAGGUUCAUGCAAAUGUUGAAAAUUCUUGGAAUGAAGAAGAAGUGUGGCGAAUUGAAAUGUAUCUCUCCUUUGGAAUAAUGAGUCUUGGGUUGCUUUCUUUGCUGGCAGUAACUUCUAUCCCUUCAGUCAACAAUGCCUUAAACUGGAGGGAGUUCAGUUUUAUUCAGUCUACACUUGGAUACGUUGCUCUGCUCAUAAGUACUUUCCACGUACUGAUUUAUGGAUGGAAAAGAGCUUUUGAAGAAGAAUAUUACAGGUUUUACACACCACCAAAUUUUGUUCUUGCCCUUGUUCUGCCUUCCAUUGUAGUUCUAGGUAAGAUCAUUUUACUUCUGCCAUGUGUAAGUAGGAAACUAAGGAGAAUUAGAAGAGGAUGGGAGAAAAGCCAUGCAAUAGAAGAAACAAGUGGGUCCAUUCCACAUUUCUCUCCAGAAAGAAUAACUGUGAUGUGAUGGUGGACUACAUUUUAUUAGUACUACUGAAGAUGUUUGGGUUUUUCCUCGUUGUGGUUUUUUUUGUCUUAUAUUUUCAGGAGUUUAUGUAAUGUAUGUGUAAAGUCAGUGUGGACUUGCUUGGCAUACAUACAAGCCCUCAGUGGAUUUAUGAGAAAUUGAUAACUAGGAAAUUGCUAUUUUGGAUAUCUACAAAAAUACUUUGUUUUGAAUUACAGAGGGCAGAUAAUCAUGAAAUCAGAUUUAUUUUAAUGCUCCUUUGCACAAUUGUAUCACAACAGUAUUUUGUUAUAACGAUGCUUGUGAGAUAUUUCUUUGACUUAGUGUGUCAGAGUGCUAUGUCUUAAUACCAUACUUUACCACAUCUGUCAUUUAAACCACACUUCUGGGUUACUGAGUUCAGAAUAUUGACUAAUAGAGUUAAUUUAGGAAGCAUUCAGAUUUUGAAGCAACUGAAAUUAAUUUGUAACAUGUUGCACAUGUCAGUGUAUUCAUUUUUGUGGUUUUCAAAUAUUCCAUGAUUUAAAUAUGCAAAACCAGUUUCAGAUGUGGCCUAAUUAUGCAUCUUGUAAGCAGACAGUAUUGUACCUUAUGGGACUUUUUUAAAGAGAAUCGCAUGGAAUUUUAAACCUUAGCAUCUCUUUCUGUAUGUCAUAUAAUGAGUCACCAAAGCAUUAUUAUGCACGAGUAGGAGGACUUGCAGAUAUGUAUGCAAGCAACUAUUUCUCGAUGGAAUCAUUAUUUUAAAAUACCAGAAAAUAUUUUAAAACAAAAAUACUGAUAAAUCUGCAACAAUAAAAAUCCACUUUCUCUGUGAAACUUCCAGUAUGUUAGUACAACAAGGAAGCACCACAUUACUCAUGUUCUGUAUGUUUUUACAUUGGAGUUUCAGUUACAUAUGAAUGUCCCACAAUCUAUCUUAGUAUCAUCUUGUGUAAAUACAAUCUUCUAUUUUUAUAUAUAAUCUUACUUUCAGAACAGAUGUUUCUGGGAUAUGCCUGAAUUUUUGAGAAAGAAAAUGAUUAUUCUCAAACUUAAAAAUGAAACUUUUCCUCUAAGACUUGACAUUUGUGUUUUCUGUGGGAUUCAGAAAAACAUUCAAAAUGAUUUAUUACUAGUACUUUGUCAGGUAUUACUCUAACAAAAUAGCUAAACCCAAUUUAUCUACCUUCAGUCUACUCUUAAUUAGCAAAACCUUUAUUUUAACAGAUGAGAAUUGAUCCAAAUUUUCCUUGGAUAUAUGAAAUUAUAUUUUUCUUAACUAUUUUUGCACUGGAUCUCUAAGUUUCUUAGCUGAGUCUUCACUUACUAUUUCUUUGCAAGCAUCUGUCAUCAAUAUGAUACCUGUCAGAAAGAAGUUGAAUUUAUCCUUAAACAUCAUCAAUCCUUUGAAUCUCAGUACUUCUACAAUGAAACCAACAGCUCCACAGAAACAGAAUCUAGGAUCAAAUUCUACUCCCAGUUACACCAGCCUAAAUCUGAAGUGUUGUUAGUUGUUUUUAAUUUCAUUUCAAACUCAAAAAUACACUACAAUUUUAUUUUGAUUGUAGUACCUGUAUUCUCCAAACAUCAAAUCUGUGUAUGUUCAGGGUUUGUUGCAAAUCAAGAGACAGCUGGAUCAUUUUAAUUCCAGGCGUGUCCACCAAGGUAGUAAUGUUACUGUUCCAUUUCCUGUAUGCAGCUAUUUCAGUGACAAAUGCGAUACGUGAGCCCAAUACUGUUUUAUCAAACCAGAUAUUAAGCAGAAAAACUGUAGUUACUGCAUAUAGACAGGAGCCUAAGCUAAUAGGAAUCCCAUUUUCUCAUAAAAAUGGAGAACAAAUGUCAUUUACAACUGCUAACUUACUUUGCCUGUGUGUAAAUGCAUUUCAGUUACAGAAAGCUGUGUAUUUUUGGAAGGCUUGCAGAGUAACCUGUAACUGAAUUUCCUAGCCAGUGUUUUUUUAUUCCAUUAUUACAGACAAACUGAAUAAAGCUUAGGCAGUUUUGCUCCAUUGCUUUGAAUAAAUUUAAUUACAGAAUUAGUACAAAAAGUUCAACUGACACAACUAUUCUCUUGGUUCUAAUUACUCACACGUGCAGGUGUUUGCAGAAUAUUUGCUUGUGAGUUGUCUGAAAGGCAGUUAAUCUUCACAAACCCAUGGCAUUGUUUAUGUAAGAGCUAUUUCAACUCUUUGUUAUUAAUUUCAUGCUAGAGGAAACAGCACAUGAUUUGAUAUUAAAAUUCUCCAAGACUUUUUGUAUUUUAAUGAUAUAACUACUGUGCUAUGUUCUGUCCCAGUUCUGUGCACGAAACCUAAUUAAAGUCACUAAGAUUGAACAGUGUAACUGAAAGUAGAAUUUCCUACCUUUGAACAAAUUUAGAAACCAUUAUUGUUGACAAUUUCCAAAUUAAAAAUAACAGCAGCAUAUUUAUAGUAAUUAUACAUUUCUGCAGGAUAUAUAAUUAUCAUUCAUAUCUAAUUCUUGUCUGAUUCAGUAAUGAUAAUGAUGCAGAAGUAAGAUACUGUACUAGUUGAACAUUACAUCAAAGUCAAUAUAUGUUGUAAUAUAUCAUGCAGCCACUCACAGUGUAUACAGAAAUGUAUUUGCCCUCUAUCCUAUGCAGAGUUAUUUCAUCAUUAGACUUCUUCAGGAAUGUUAAAACUCUUAAAUUUUGAAAUGACAGAAGUGUCUGGAGGGAAUAGUAAUGUGUUGUUCCUUUCUUCAAAGUACGUGUGUUGAAAAUCAAAAAUGUGGUUUAAUUUUACUUGAAAGGUUGAAAUACUGAAGUAUUAAUAAAUAGAUGAUAUUUUUAGACAAAAUGUGAAGAGAUUUUUGUUAAGUAUUUGUGUUAUAACGUGACAUAACAGUUUCCAGUUAGGCCAUGUAUUUAUUUCUAAUUGGAAUAAGAUGACUUGUUAUUUAAUCUUGUGUAGUGUUCUUUAUUGUAAGGACCAAUUAAUAAGAUACUAAGUCUGAAAAUAAAAUGACACUCAUGCACUUAUUACACAUGUAUAUGUUCAGUCACAUCAGGAAACUAUUCAUGUGAUUAAUUACAUUGGUUUCUGAGGGAGGACUUGAGUAAGGAGUUACUGGAAAGACACCCGAGGCUAAAAAUUUGGUUUCAGUUGCCUAAAUGUACUCUAAUAAAAUCACUUAGAUUCUUCAGUUAUUUAGGAGAAUAUACAUGUAUUUUGAGGAACAGGCUGCUAUAAAAAUAUUUUCUCUGUAACAUUAUAUGAAUCCUUAUUAUAUGAAUCCUUUACUGUUUGUAGGGAUGCCCUGCCAAAUGUGAAAAUAACCUUUCACUUCUCUUAAUUACAGUUAAAUAAAAACAAAAUAUUGCUUUAAUAUAUGAUGCAAAGCUUUACAUAUUAUGCUAGAAAAUAGAAACCUCUAUGUAUUUAGCAACAGGAUGUUUGUUUUUUAUGGACGUGAGGUAUUUCAUAAUGUUAUUUAAAAUGCAGUUCUAUUCCAGAUCCCGUAUUUGUCUUUAAUUUUAUAUUACAAUUCCAUUUACUGUAGCAACUAUGGACAAGUUAAUUAAGUCCUCAUGGUCUUGAAUUAUUUAGAGAUUAAUUAUUUUGAAAUUCAGUUGUGCAAGUUGUUUGUGUAUGUAGCUUGUGGUAACAGUUGUUGUGAAUUGGUGCCACUUUUAACAUUUUGUUCCAGCACUGUGCAUAAUGUGAUGUGCCAAUAUGAGAAAGAAAAUACAUUUGUAUUUUUAUUUGGCAUUAAUUGGCAAUGAAGUAUUGUGUAUCUAUAUACAAUCAGCUAUACAUGCUGCCCAACUAGCACUAAGGGAGAUUACCGGUUAAUCUAAGGCAAAAAAUUCCCAAGUGAAUAUAGAUUUCACAGGUGUGACUAUAGUUAGGAAACGGUUUUCCUCUGAAUGUUAUAAAAUUAAAGUUAGAUAUAUCAGCUGCAUAAAGAUUAGAUUGAGAAUUAAGUGUGAUAGUUUCAGCUGUAACAGUGAAUUUAUGCAGUGGUCGUAGCUGCACAUGCAUAGUUCCUUUCAGAUAGUACAUUUCAUAAGGUUUGGAUUUCAUGGAUGUUCAUUUGGUAGUAUUUUCUACAAAUAAGUAAAGUUGCAGUACUGAUAUUGUAUCAUUAUAUGAUACUGCUUGAAUUAGAUUGCUGCCUGUGUAACAAGUGACACACAGAACUGAAUGGUCAUCUUUAUUAUAUAUUGCUUUUCAUGCCUCGCUCGCAGUGUCUUACAGUGAACGUAGUUUGUCUCCCAUAUGCAGUAUUUUCCUGGUAUUCUCUUUGUAGUUGUUUGUCAGGGGUUUUUUGUGCUGUCUCUCUGAACAGGGCUAUUAUAAAAUGUUAAUAAAAUGCUUUUACCUAUUUUUCCAUAGACUCUGAUUUACAGAAAAAUCAAUAAAAAGUUAAUGUCACGUAUUUGGGUUUCUCUUCUGUGCUUAUGCAUAAUAAAACUCAGUUUGUUUUCCUUUAUAAUACAUGUGUACUCUGAUUAACAGGUUUUCAAAGAAGUAGAACUUGAAUGGAAAUUCAUAGUAAAAUUCUCAAGAGUAAUUAGUUUCUUUUACAACACAUUUACAGGACCAUUUCCCUUAUCUAAUUGUAAUGUACUCUUCAACUUUUCAGGACACAAAAAGAUGCUGUAGUACUAUCAAUAUUUAUCCGAUCCACUUGUUAUUCAAAAAACAUGUGCCCAGCAGUCUCAGUUUUGACACAAGAAAUUUGGCAGGGGGAGACGUUCUUCAUGUUUGGCUGUGCACAUGAGGAAGCGUUACUGUUUAAAUGAGAAAAA